AUGUCAUCUCAAGAACUCCCUAUUCGAAAUACAAACACCGAUAGGCUAACAAAUACCGAGUUCAGCUUAGAACAGUGCAAGGAAGCACUGCGAGGAGAGCGCAUUCCCGACUCUUUGGGAACUCAAGCCGCCCGAACUUGUGUUGUCCGUGGAAUCCGUCACCACUAUGCUUUUGCAAAAAGCCCGGAAGUCAUCCGUCUAUGCGAGGAAACAGCCGUCUCUUUCCCCAAAUUCUCACGAGCUCGUAAUGCUCGUUUGAUCAUGAGCAAUGAAAUUCCCGACGCGAUGGCUCCAAGCGCCCAACCGUACUGCAUCUGGCACCCAGACUUGGCUUCGGAGGAAACAUACCGUGAAGUUGCAAAGAAGCACCCCGCCUUACGUUAUCAGGUGGGACGUGCGUGCGCCGUUGCUGGCUUUCUCGAUCUCUAUCAUGAACUGGGUUUGCUUCCGGAUGUCUCGAUGGCCGAGGAGGCGCGGGAGAGCAAGAUGGGGGGAGAGAAUAGUCGUGCAAUUUACGAAUCUAUCAUGUCUGCGCCGUGUAGAUAUGCGGUAAUGGACGAUAACACGAAUAAUUAACGUUGAAAAGCCCGUGUCCCCAGCAUUUCUCAACGGGGAUACCACGUGCUAUUCAGAUCUUUGUCGGAUAUUUAGGGAAGGGCGUUAUGUAUGGGUGCCUCGCCCUCCUACAGAUAUCAAGAAAUGGUGGGAGGGUGAUGAUGGUGACCUUGGGGGUAACAUUACCGUAGACAAUGAUAUCGGAGUGACUCUUGGUCGCGCAGCCGAUUACGACGAGGACGAGGGAGAUUCUGAGGAUGAGGACUAUGUAUGCACGGCAGCUGAGGUCGCACAGGUUUAUCAGCCUCUGCCUCUGGACUUGCCGAGCAUGUGCAAAGAUCUUCUUAUCCUAGUAGCCGCCUAUGAGGGAAACAUUGAUCGAUACGCUCGGUUGUCGCGACCUUAUAUGAACGACACUGAGGUGCUGUGUAUCGUCCGUGGCAUUUACCACCACACCAUGUUCGCUCGCUGGUGGAUGGGUGAGCUGAAGUCCAACCCUGGAAGAUUGAGUAAAGCUCCUAAGGGCAGCGAACGAGAAAUCAAAACAGCCAUCAAUGCACGACGUAUCAUGAACAACGAUAUUUCCGGUACCUUUGAGCCAGACGAGAUUCCAUUCUGCAUCUGGUGGCCUCUUAUUCCGCGCAGUAGUGCUCUCGAUGACCUCGCUAAAAAGUGUCCCGAGAUGAAGGAAUCCAUUGCAAUUACUUGCAUAUUUGGCCACUACCAAUAUUUAUACCAAACGGUGAUGGAAGACAUCAAGCCCAGCUGGUAUCUUUGGAUGGCUGCUCAGCACUAG